AUGGAGGAUAUUUUGGUAGAUAUUUUUAAAUAUACAAGAUGCCCAGCAUCUUUUAUGAGAGUAAAUAAGUCAUGGUUAAAUACCGCUAAAAAUCCAGUGUCAAGAUGCCAUUGGCUAAUUAACCAUUAUGGAAAAGCACAUUCAUUGUUUUUCGCAGUGUAUUUUGGACCAAGUUUCAUUAGUAUUGACUUGGUAAAUUGUGCAUUGAGAAACGGUGUGAUAUUGUCACGAUAUUUUCUUCAAGUACUCAUGAAAUGCUAUGUGAGGUAUGAUGGAUCUAAUCAUAGUAACUUUGAAAAAUCAUGGGGUUCAGAUUUACCACUAGAUGUCUAUGAAAAAUUAUUAGCAGAAGGAAAUCGUAGAUGGAAUGGAGGUUUUUGUUUAAAUGGUAAUGAUCUUGAGUUGUUUCAUUAUUUGAAUAGGGGUAAUGCAGAGAAUGUAUUAAAUGACAUUAGAGAAACAUUGAGAAUGGUGUCUAAGGCAAUUAUUGCUCACCCAGAAUUAGUUGAUAUGUGGAAAGAAAUUGGUUAUGAGUCAAUUUGUUAUGAUUACAGUGAUUUGGUUUUCCAAAUCUUGUAUACAGAACAUCCUAUUGUACAAAUGGAGAAUAUUUUGGUAGAAGCAUCUUUUGCAAGAGCAAAUAAGUCAUGGUUAAAAACUGCUAAAGAUCCAGAGUCAAGAUGUUAUUGGUUAAUUAACCGUUAUGGAAAAGCACAUUCAUUGUUUUUCGCAGUAUAUUUUGGACCAAGUUUCAUUAGUGUUGACUUGGUAAAUUGUGCAUUGAAAAACGAUGUGAUAUUGUCGCAAUAUUUUCUUCAAGUACUUAAGAAAUGUUGCGGGGGGUACGAUGAAAGAUUAAUUGAGCUUAGGUCUGAUUAUAGUGACUUUGAAAAGUUGUGGGGCUCAGAUUUACCACUAGAUGUCUAUGAAAAAUUAUUAGCAGAAGGAAAUCGUAGAUGGAAUGAAAAUUUUUGUUUAAAUGAAACAUUGAGAAUGGUGUCUAAGGCAAUUAUUGCUCACCCAGAAUUAGUUGAUAUGUGGAAAGAAAUUGGUUAUGAGUCAAUUUGUUAUGAUUACAGAUUCAAGUUAACAAAACCAGCAAUGGUUGAUAUAAUUUGUUCCUUUAAAGACAGAUUGAACAUAAUCGGUGAAAUAAUCAUAAAAUCUUUUCAAAAAAUUAGAAAUAAAAAUAAAUCCACCAUUUUAGAAGAAUGUUUGUUUGAAAUCAUUGGAGGUGGAGGGAACUUGGAGCAAACCACCUGUGUUCUAGAUUUUUUAUUUCAACAAAUUGAAGGAAGUCCAGAAAAUAUUUUUCUAAAAAUUUUAAAACAUUAUGGAAUUGGAGAAACCAGUGUUAGAAAUGUCAAUUCUAAUGAUGAAAACUUGGAAGACUUGAAACUUUUUUCGUUUGAUUUGUGUGUUUAUCAAUGGAUAUUGAAAAGUUUCAAGCCUUAUCCAAUCAUUAUAUCAAAAUGUUUUGUUGAAAUUUUAUUAACUAAAAGUUAUUUUGAUUCAAAUUCUUCAAUUUUAACAACAUCUUUUAUGAGAGUAAAUAAGUCAUGGUUAAAUACCGCUAAAAAUCCAGUGUCAAGAUGCCAUUGGCUAAUUAACCAUUAUGGAAAAGCACAUUCAUUGUUUUUCGCAGUAUAUUUUGGACCAAGUUUCAUUAGUGUUGACUUGGUAAAUUGUGCAUUGAGAAACGGUGUGAUAUUGUCACGAUAUUUUCUUCAAGUACUCAUGAAAUGCUAUGUGAGGUAUGAUGGAUCUAAUCAUAGUAACUUUGAAAAAUCAUGGGGUUCAGAUUUACCACUAGAUGUCUAUGAAAAAUUAUUAGCAGAAGGAAAUCGUAGAUGGAAUGGAGGUUUUUGUUUAAAUGGUAAUGAUCUUGAGUUGUUUCAUUAUUUGAAUAGGGGUAAUGCAGAGAAUGUAUUAAAUGACAUUAGAGAAGCAUCUUUUGCAAGAGCAAAUAAGUCAUGGUUAAAAACUGCUAAAGAUCCAGAGUCAAGAUGUUAUUGGUUAAUUAACCGUUAUGGAAAAGCACAUUCAUUGUUUUUCGCAGUAUAUUUUGGACCAAGUUUCAUUAGUGUUGACUUGGUAAAUUGUGCAUUGAAAAACGAUGUGAUAUUGUCGCAAUAUUUUCUUCAAGUACUUAAGAAAUGUUGCGGGGGGUACGAUGAAAGAUUAAUUGAGCUUAGGUCUGAUUAUAGUGACUUUGAAAAGUUGUGGGGCUCAGAUUUACCACUAGAUGUCUAUGAAAAAUUAUUAGCAGAAGGAAAUCGUAGAUGGAAUGAAAAUUUUUGUUUAAAUGGAUCUGCUCAGAUGACUGAUGCAUUUGAAAGUGAAGAGACAUUGAGAAUAGUGUCUAGGGCAAUUAUUACUCACCCAGAAUUAGUUGAAAUUUGGAAAGGAAUUGGUUAUGAGUCAAUUUGUUAUGAUUAUAGUGAUCUGGUUUUCCAGAUUUUAUAUACUGAUGUUGCUACUUCCGAACAUCUUACAUUAGAAAUAAUUCUUGCAAAAUCACAACAUUUCAUCAAUCUAGGAUUCAAGUUAACAAAACCAGCAAUGGUUGAUAUAAUUUGCUCCUUUAAAGACAGAUUGAACAUAAUUGGUGAAAUAAUCAUAAAAUCUUUUCAAAAAAUUAGAAAUAAAAAUAAAUCCACCAUUUUAGAAGAAUGUUUGUUUGAAAUCAUUGGAGGUGGAGGGAACUUGGAGCAAACCACCUGUGUUCUAGAUUUUUUAUUUCAACAAAUUGAAGGAAGUCCAGAAAAUAUUUUUCUAAAAAUUUUAAAACAUUAUGGAAUUGGAGAAACCAGUGUUGCAAAUGUUAAUGUUGAUGAUGAAAACUUGGAAGACUUGAAACUUUUUUCGUUUGAUUUGUGUGUUUAUCAAUGGAUAUUGAAAAGUUUCAAGCCUUAUCCAAUCAUUAUAUCAAAAUGUUUUGUUGAAAUUUUAUUAACUAAAAGUUAUUUUGAUUCAAAUUCUUCAAUUUUAACAAGUAAUCCUUCCAAUUUCUCUACUUUAGUUUAUAUUCCAUUUAUAGAAAUAUAUUGUAAUUAUUACAAUUAUUACCAUACUAAUGUCCCUAUCAUUAAUCAAUUCAUUUUUCAAGAGAUUUUUCAAAGGAUUUUUGUUUAA